UCAAUUUUACGAAUUCAAUUAUUCUAAUUUCAACAUUCAUUAUGUCACAACAAAAUAUUGACGUAAAACCUAAAUUUUGCGAACAAAAUGUUCCGCUAAAUACUUUAUUACAAUUAAUACCGGAUUUCGAUACAACUCAAUCGGGUCAAGUAUAUAAGUUCAUAAGAUCGUGCGAUUCAGCUUUUAAAUUAGCAAGUCUAGAGCAGGAAGAAAUUUUAUUAAUUUACGCUUUAAACAAAAUAAGUGGGAAUACUUCUUCUGAUAUCCACGCGAAACUAUACUCAAACUGGGACGACUUAAAAACGUUCCUUAUACAAAAAUUUUCGCAGACAAAAACUCUUUCACAUCUAAAUCUCGAACUACAAUCACUCUUUCAGAAACCAAAUGAAUCGGUAACGGAAUUUUUCCACCGCGUAGAUUUAUGUAGAAAUAAAAUCUUAGAAAAAUUAACAACUGAAGUGGUAGAUGCGACAUUAAUAGGACGGAAAACUACUACGGAAGAAACAGCUCUGAACGUUUUUAUUAAUGGAUUAAGUUCUGACAUAGGUGUAAUGUUAAGAACAAAAGGUUUUGAUUCAUUAACUCAUGCUGGAAACUUUGCAAUUCAAGAAGAAAAAAUUCGAAAAAUGAAUACGGCUAGGCAAAGUUUGUUUAAAAAUAGUCGAAUAACAACACCGCUAUAUAGCAAUGUCGUUCGUCAACCACCUCAGAUCAAUCAACCUCAAAUACAUAAACCACCAGAUAAACAUACUAUUAAUACCAAUCCGCGAAAAUUUAUUAUAUGUAAUUAUUGUAAAAAACCCGGACAUCAUAUAACUAAUUGUAGAAAGAGAAUAUUUAAUAAUAGUCGUAAUAACCAAUUUCCGCGAAAUAAUCCGACUCCAGCUCGAGUAAAUCAUUUAAACUUGCAACCGGCCGAGCUGACGGGCACAGUUUCGGAAACGGUUCCCACGUAUUGCCCAAAUAUUUCAAUGAUCACCGAGGGUCAGGAUAUUGCCCUAGAACCUCAAAUAAACGAUCUUCAAAUUCAGUAAAAUUCAAUAGUAAUCAGUGUCAUACUACAUUAUCUAAUACAAACAUCACUACACAAGCGCAAACAAUUCCAGUCCAUCGGGGAC